UUAACUAAAUACCUACCUAUUUAGAUAUUCUACCGGAAGGUUUAUCCUUUAAAGUAUGUUAAGAAUUUCGAUGAGAAUAUAGUUGUAAUAAUUUCGUAGUUUGUACUCAAAAUCAGUAUCAGUGAAAUCCGCAGAAUCACAAUAAACAGAUUCUAUUUCAAAAUCAACUUGCCAUGAAGAUUGCUAUCGAGGGUUGUGCUCACGGGGAGCUGGAAAAAAUCUACGACUUGGUUGAAACGAUCCAACAACGCGAAGGGUAUCAGAUUGAUUUGCUCAUUUGUUGCGGGGAUUUUCAAUCGACUAGGAACCUGGAAGAUUUACAGUGCAUGGCCGUGCCCAAGAAACACUUGGAUAUUUGUACCUUCUACAAGUAUUAUAGCGGUGAAAAGAAAGCUCCCGUUCUGACCCUUUUCAUCGGUGGGAAUCACGAGGCAUCUAAUUACCUGCAGGAAUUGCCGUACGGCGGAUGGGUGGCACCAAACAUCUACUAUCUCGGAUAUGCUGGAGUAGUGAAUGUGAACGGAAUACGGAUAGGUGGAAUAUCCGGAAUCUAUAAGGGGCACGAUUAUCUCAAAGGACGGUUUGAGUUUUCACCGUUUAAUGAGUCCACGAAACGUAGCGUCUAUCACAUUCGUCAGAUUGAUGUGUUCCGGUUGAAGCAGUUGGCGCCCAGGAUGGACAUUAUGCUAUCACAUGAUUGGCCUCGCGGAGUCUCCGACUAUGGGAAUAAGAAUCAGCUUCUGCGAUUUAAACCGGCGUUUAGGGAAGAUAUUGAGGCCAACAAGCUUGGCAGUCCGCCGUGUGAAGAUCUACUAAGGACUCUGAAACCUCCGUAUUGGUUUUCUGCUCAUCUUCAUUGUAAGUUUUCGGCGCUCAUUCCGCAUGAAGAUGGAGAGGAUACGAAAUUUCUAGCAUUGGACAAGUGUUUACCGAAGAGGCGAUUUCUUCAAGUACUGGAUAUAGAAUCCGGCGAAGGGGUUAGCCAAGGAAAGUUAGACUUGUGCUACGAUUUGGAAUGGCUGACUAUUUUGAAUUUGACGAACCAUUUGAUAAGCGUUAAAGGGAGCAACGGAUAUAUGCCAGGUGAAGGUGGCGCAGAGCGAUUCAAAUUUACUCCGACAGAGGAGGAAAAAAAGGUAGUUCUCGAUCGGUUUCAAAACGAUCUUCGUAUUCCUCUAAAUUUCACACGGAUAGUAGAACCGUACAACGCUACGGUUGAGCAAGAUUUCGAUCUGGUCGAGCAACCGAAAGCAUUCGUCAAUCCGCAAACCACGGAUUUCUGCGACAAGCUAAACAUUGACGAUCCCUUGCGGUUGGUGAUGCUCAUGACCGGUCACAGUCUCAAUACCUCAACCUACGUCGAUCAGACUCCGUCCAGCGUUUCAAUAAACCCUGAGCGCAAUGAAGAUGAAGUUCUACUAGAUGAUGAUGACGAUGAUGACUCUUGCGCAAAUGACGACGAGGAUCAGAAGCCAGCGCCUUUCCUAUCCCGAGCUCCGUUGGCUUCGGUUCUUCCGCAGCCUAUGUGGCGCCAGGAUUCCGAAUCGGACAUGUCCACCUUAGACGAUUCGUCUCUAUCCACUUCGAAUCGAAGCAUACUGAGUCUACCGACGCCGAAGAAACACGACUCGACUCUGUCGGAUAAUUUCACCGUCGAUGAUCUGAACCUUUCCAGUCCGAAACUAUCCACCGCGGAAAGUGAGAAGGUUUUGCCAUUGGCAAUGGAAGGAAUCGCCAAGCUACCUGCCGAAGACGGUAGGAGUGAUGAGCAGGAGGAGAAGCCACCGAUGAAGAAGUUCAAACGGAGAAAUCAGGCCAUCUACACCAAGGACGAUAGCGAUUAAAGGUGUGCUCUGGAAUGGAGAACGAUUGUACAUAUCUUGUGAGGAUAGGCUGAAAAAGGUAAGUCAACAGUGCACUUUCUUAAAUAACUGAUGCGUGGUUGAGUAGCUGGCAAAUGUUUCCGCUACUGAUUCGAAAUGCAAUAACCUUGGGUAGCAGGUCCAUACACCUUCUACGUGCGAUUGUGACGCAAAGUUAAUGCGUUUUUAAGAGUUAAAUGACGAGAAAUAGUGUAGGUCUAAGUUGCUCGAGAAUAAAAUUUGUACAAAAUGUGGUUGU